AAUAAUAUCCUUCAAUCAUCGAGUAGCAGCAGUGACUCGACAUCUUUCAACAGAAGAGUUUAGCAGAUACACCUCUUGUGCAUGUUUACUUCACUAGAGCUGUUGUAACGGUCCCGCAGCAAAGUGCAUGGUAACACCAGUGAAAAUGCACCAGUCAGUGCUGCUGCUGGCUGUGCUUGGCCUAGUCCUCUCAUACUCUGUGACUGAAACAAAGGAGGCGCAAGAAUCAGCUGACUUAGUUUUCUUAAUUGAUGGAUCAAGGAAUUUGGGAAGUGAUGAAUUUCAAUUCAUGCGAUCUUUCAUCGCAAAUUUCAUUGAAGAUCUCAAUAUUGGCCCUGAUGCCAUCCAAGUUGGCAUGGUGCAAUACAGUAAGACCCCCAGUACCGUGUUCUAUUUAAACACAUAUACUACAAAAACAGAAGUUCUCAAAGCCAUUAAAAACCUUCGACAGAAAGGUGGAAAUGAAGUCAACACUGGAAUGGCCCUUCAGUUUCUGGUUGACAAUCAUUUUAUUCCGUCAGCUGGGAGUAGGGCUGAUGAGGAGGUUCCUCAGGUAAUGGUCCUCCUGACUUCGAGACAGUCCAGUGAUGAUGUCAGACGAGGGGUGUUUUCAAUAAAAAAGCGUGGCACCUUUACAUUUGUUCUUGGGAUCGCAGACGCUGAUGCAGCUGAAGCCAAACUGAUAGCGACUGACCCUUCAUUUUCUAUGCUCAUUCCUGAUCUCCACCAAAAGGCUAGCACACAACAACAGCUAAUGUCACUGUUUUCUUUGGUGGCUACCAAGCAAUUGAUUAUAAAGGUGGAAGAACCUAAGGUUGAAGUUCAAAUCCCCAAGAGGGACAUCGUAUUUCUGAUCGAUGGCAGCUCCAGUUUGGGACAUGCUAACUUUCUGAAAAUAUGCAAAUUUAUCUCCAGUAUAACUGAAAACUUUGUCAUCGGACCAGAUUCGGUUCAAGUUGCAGUGGCGCAGUACAGUGAUGCUGCAACGACUGAAUUUCACUUAAAUACCCACACAACACAAUCCGCUUUACAAACUGCUCUGAAAAAUCUCAGGUUGAGGGGUGGUUGGACACUUAACACUGGCGCAGCUCUCGACCACAUCUAUCGAAGUCAUUUCGCCACAGCUGCGGGAAGUAGGAAGGAAGAUGGUGUUCCCCAGUUUGUGGUGCUCAUUACUGGGACAAAAUCUAAUGAUGAUGUGAAACAACCUGCAGAUAUUCUGAAGCGUUCUGCCAUAAUGGCCUUCGCUGUAGGAGGCAGGAAUGCAGAUCUAGCAGAGCUAAAUGAGAUUGCAAUUGAUCCCAGUCUAGUUUUCAAUGUUGCUGAAUUUGAUUCUCUACCAGAUAUACACCAACAAGUACUGACACAGCUGUCAACAUUGGCUGGUGUAACUGUUGUUUACGAGCAACCAACUGCUCCGGUUAAAAAAGAAAUGGACAAGAGGGAUAUUGUAUUCCUUAUUGAUGGAUCAUAUCAUACUGGAAGAAGAAAUUUUGCUGACGUCCGGGACUUUAUCGCAACAAUUAUUACAGCGUUUGACAUUGGAAGUGAUCAAGUGCAAGUAGGCUUGGCACAGUACAGUGAUGCUGCAAAUUCGGAGUUCUUUCUAAACACUUAUUCAUCAAAAAAUGAACUUGUGUCUCAUGUAAGAGCACUCAGGCAGAGAGGUGGUAGAACUCGCAAGACUGGAGAAGCACUGAACUAUGUACUUAAAUACCUUUUUACCAAAUAUUCAGGCAGUAGACAUGAGGAAGGUGUUCCCCAGUUUCUGGUACUUAUUACUUCUGGAAAAUUGACCGAUGAUGUGAGGCAGCCAUCUGAUGCCUUGUUGCAAGCGGGUGUUAUAACAUUAGUCAUUGGAGCAGACAAUAUGAUAAAACAGCUACAGGAAGUUAGUUCCGACCCCAGUUUAGCUUUUGGUGUGAAAGAGUUCCGUUUUCUUCCAGAGAUACAACAUAAAGUACUAUUAUCUUUGUCAACACUGACUGGCAUGAGGAAGGCUUCUGAACUACCAACAGUUCAAACCAUCAAAGAAGCAGACAAAAAAGAUAUUGUGUUCUUAAUUGAUGGAUCUUUUCAUGUUGGAGACACAAAUUUGCCAGCUAUUCGUGACUUCAUCUCAAGAAUAAUCGAGACCCUUGAUAUUGGAAGUGAUCGUGUGCGAGUGGGUCUAGUACAGUACAGUGAUAUUGCAGAACCUCUGUUCCUUCUAAGUACUUAUUCAUCAAAAGAUGAAAUUCUCUCUGAGAUAAACAGACUCACACUGAGAGGUGGCACUGUGCUCAACACCGGAGCAGCAUUGGAUUACGUCCACAGGUAUAUUUUUACCAAAUAUUCAGGAAGCAGGAAACAGGAAGGUGUUCCUCAGUUCCUGAUACUUCUCACUGGUGGAAGAUCGAGAGAUGACAUCAAAAGACCAGCAGAUGCCCUACUUCGAUCUGGUGUGAUGACUAUAGUUGUUGGAGCUGAGAAUGCCAUAGAGCAGCAGCUACAACAAAUUGCUUUGGACCGCAGCUUGGUUUAUACAGUGGAUGAAUUUCCCUCUCUCCCAAAGAUCCAACAGGAUGUUCUGUUACCGCUGUCAACUCUAGCUGGUGUGAAGAUGAUUUCUGAAUUACCGACAAUGAAGACUAUCAAAGAUAUGACUAAUGACCAGGAGAGAGAUAUUGUGUUCUUGAUUGACAGCUCAACUAGAGCUGGUUCAUCAUUUCGUUCAGUGCGAGAAUUCCUCAAAGGCGUAAUUGAACAGCUGAAUGUUGGGUUGAACAGGAAUCGCGUUGCAGUAGUACAGUACAGCAAGGACCCAAAAGUUGAAUUUCUUUUGAACACCUAUUCAAAUAAAGCUGACGUUCUGGAUGCAGUGGGCACGCUGGAGCCUAUGGGCGGAAGGAUGCUGAACACUGGGGCUGCAUUGAACUAUGUCAUCAGGAAUGUCUUCACAACAGCAGCAGGGAGUCGGCGAGACGCUAAUGUGCCGCAGCUUCUGGUGCUUCUCAUUUCUGGAAAGUCGAGUGACAGUGUUAAAGAGGCAGCAGGGGCAUUAAAAAGAGCCGCUAUAGUGGCGUUUGUUAUUGGGGCCAUGGAUGCAGAUGGCAAAGAGACACACGAGAUCGCAUAUUCCUCUAAUUUACUGUUCGCUGUUCACGACUUCCAGUCUCUUCCAGACAUACAGAACCAGCUGCUACAGCCCCUAAAAACACUGAUUGUUGAAGUUAUUAAAAUGCCAUCUACUGUCACUGAAGGUAACAAGAGAGAUGUUGUGUUCCUAGUCGAUGGCUCUUACAACGUGGGAACUUUCUUUUAUUUAAUUCGGGACUUGAUUAUUAACUUAAUUCCUAACUUUAACAUUGCAAAAGACAAAGAUCAAAUUUCAGUGGUACAGUACAGUGAUGAUGCAAGGAUUGAGUUUCCAUUAAAUGCUUACACAAACAAAGAACUGAUUUUGGCAAAAACCAGGGAGCUUCGGCUUAAAGGAGGAAGAAGACUCAAGACAGGUUCUGCUCUAGACUUUGUCAGGAGGAAUGUCUUCAGUAGAUCUGGUGGGGGCAGGCACCAUUUAGGGAUUUCCCAAAUCCUAGUGCUCAUUACUUCUGGAAAGUCACUGGAUGAUGUGAAGCAGCCAACAGAGGAGCUGAAGCAGGCUGGAGUUGUGCCAUUCGUUAUUGGCAUCGGGAAUGUAGACAGACAAGAACUACAUCAAAUUGCAUAUUCUCCCAGCUUGGUUUUUCAGGUGGAUGACUACUGGGGUCUUUCAGAUCUGGACUUGCACCUGCUCAGCAUUUCAAAGAAUGUUGAGAGUGUCCCAAUACCACCUAUUACCAGCCCAGAUGGUGAUAAAAGAGAUAUUGUCUUCCUCCUCGAUGGUUCUGCUAAGAUUGGAAAAGGAUUUCCAAAUGUUCGCAAAUUUAUGAUGAAAAUGGUAGAUAAUUUUGAUGCUGGAGCAGAGAAAGUUCAAUUUGCUGCUGUACAGUUCAGUGAAAGCCCAAGAACUGAGUUCUAUCUAAAUACCCACACAACCAAAAAGCAAGUUCUGGCUGCGAUUAAGAAACUCAAGCUAAAACGUGGCAAAAAAAUCAACAUUGGCCGUGCAUUGGACCAUGUUAUAGAGAAUGUGUUCAUAAGCUCAGCAGGAAGCAGAAUGGACAAUGCUGUUCCACAGAUUCUAUUGCUUCUUACUUCGGGAGAGUCCCACGAUGAUAUUUCACAGCAGGCAAAGAAACUGAGGAAACUGGGAAUCGUGCUUUUUGCGAUUGGCUUGAGGGAUGCUGAUCAAUCAGUGCUAGAACCGAUGGCAUAUACUGACAGCUUGGCAUUUCCUGUGAAGAACUUCCAAGGUUUGCUUAACAUUCAAGAUCGACUCCAGCAGAUAGUGAAAACGGUGGCAGUGCAAAUUGUUGAGACGCCUGUCAAAGAUAACUAACUAACAUUGCAGACAGAUCGUGCCUGUGGAUUUAUUGCUUUGUAAUCUUCAAACUCUGAACUCUUCUUGUAACUCCAGCAAUAGAAAAAGUUUCAGAAGUACAGAAUUAAUUGAUGAUUCAAACAGGAAAUCAAGCAACAGGAUUAUCUUUACUUUUAGCCACCACUUUGAUAACUCUGAGUGACUACUGUAGUUAUUGUAAAACUAUGGCAUGAUUUGCAGUUUAUCUUAUUCAACCAUGUACACUUAUUAAAAACAUUGGUGUGCAUGACUUGCGUUGCAUGAUACUAAAUGGUUUCAGUAGAAACAUAAUCAUAUUCUGUGCUACAGUUAAUCCCAUUCUGAGUGAUUAGGCAUUCUGCUUUUGUUCAUGUAUAAUUGUUAAUGAACAUUCUCGUUGGUUACUUAAAUACAGAAAGUGAAACACAAGUUACAAUGGAUGUUGGAAAGAAAACCUCUUAAAUAUA